UUUUUCCCCCGUUCAGUGAGAAAGAGAAGGGAGUUCAAAAAAAUUUCCUGCAUCGACGUGAGCCAUUUCUCUCCUCCGUUCGUCUUCCUCUCUCUCUCUCUCUCUCCCCCACAAAAUCCUGGAGUGAUCCGUCUUCUCUCUCUAAGGUUCGUCUCUUACUCACUCUCCCUUUGCCGAGACUGCAUCAGGAGUUACAGCCUCUGUCUGACGAAAUCUCUCUCCUCUCCGCCUUGGCCUUGCUCUCUCUCACUCUCAGUUUGGUCUCACCUUGCUCGGAUCCACAUCACGGUUAUUUUUUUUAAUUAUACACGGGUUCGGGUUUCACGGGUACCUGGUCUUGUGUUGCGGGUAUCCGGGUUUCAUGAGAAAGAGACCGAGACAUUCCCAUCAAAACCCGAUGAGACCGAGACCAAGGAGGCAGGAGCCCACCAUAGGUGAAAUUGCGAACCAAUUGUCUCCAUCUCGGGUUUUGGGGGAAUGUAUUGAGACCUUCAUCGUGUUUGGAUUUUCCUUGGCUCGUGUCAGUUCUGUCUGAUAAUGAGCAUCAACAAAGAUGAGGCUCUUAGGGCCAAAGACAUGGCUGAGGGUUUGAUGCGAAAGGCAGAUUUCAGUGGCGCUCGGAAACUUGUGUUGAGGGCUCAAAAGCUGGACAGCAGCCUUGAGAAUAUCUCCCAUAUGAUAAUGGUAUGUGAUGUGCACUGUGCUGCGGCAGAGAAGAUGUUUGGUAAUGAGAUGAACUGGUAUGACAUCCUUCAGGUUGAGCGGAAGGCAGAUGUUGUUACGAUCAAGAAACAGUACAAGAAGCUCGCACUUCUGCUUCACCCCGACAAGAAUAAACUGCCCGGAGCUGAAGCUGCUUUCAAAUUGAUUGGCGAAGCUCAGAGAAUACUUUUGGAUAAAGAUAAAAGGUCACUCUUUGACAUGAAACUCAAUUCCGUGAACAGACCUGCACCAGCACCAUCAUAUUUUCCUCAACAGGUUCCGAGAUAUUACACUCAGCCUGUUGUCCAGACGAAUCAUAAUACUUGGAGCAACUUUGCAGGAUCCAGAUCCCGAAACUUUUGGACCUCAUGUCCGUUUUGUCGCACGAGGUAUGAAUAUGCGAGGGUACAUAUCAACAAACUUGUCAAUUGUCAGAGUUGCACAAAGGUGUUUACAUCUCUUGAAAUCCCUUGUCAAGGUGCUCCAAGGGCCAAAAGCUCAGUUCAAACAAAUUUCUCCUUUCCCCAACAGAAAAAUGUCCCAACCCAAGGCAUGAGCCAAGCAACUUAUGGUUUUCCCCAACAGCAGGAUGUUCCGAAUCAAAAUCCAUUCAGUGCAGGGCAGAAUAAUCCACAGACAUCCUCCUCGCAUUGCCCUGAAAAAGACGGUGUACCUGUUAAGGUUGGUGCUGGAAACAUCAGUGGGAAGAGAAAGAAGAUAGUUGAAUCCAGUGAAAGCUCUGACUGUGAAAGUAGCAGCGAGUCUGAAGAAGAUAUUAUAAUCGACGAGACAGGUGAUGUUACAGCUGGACAAGGGUUGGGAUCUGUUGGGGGACAGCAGCCUCGGAGGUCUGUACGUAGCAAACGCCGUGUUUCAUAUAAUGAAAAUGUUAGUGACGAUGACGACAACAUUGUAGAGCAAAAUCAAGAAGGGUCCAAUAAAAAUGGGGAUGCAAAAGAGGCAGAAGAGUCGGGAAUUCGAAAGCAAUCAGAUUGUUCCUCCAAUGGAACCUUGCCAAAUGGUAAAAACAGGAACAAGAAGUCAACAGAAAAAGAAAAUGGCCAAGUGGGAGCCUCUGGGGUAAGCUCCGAGGAUUCUGAAGUUAAGAUAAACUCUGUUUCUCAUGACUCUAAGAAGGAUACAAUGUCAGAAUGUUCAGAAGAACCAAAGAUUCUGGAAUAUGCUGAUCCAGAUUUCAAUGACUUUGAUGAGUUGAGGGAAGAUCGUAAGUUUGUAGUUGGCCAGAUCUGGGCUAUUUAUGAUACACGUGAUGGAAUGCCUCGAUUUUAUGCUUACAUCAGAAAGGUUUUUACUUCUCGUUUUAAGCUUAGUAUCACGUGGCUAGAGACAGAACCGGAUGAUGACAACGGAAUUUCAUUGGAUAACGCAGACUUGCCUAUAGGGGUUGGUAGAUUUGUGUUUGGGAACAGUGAAAUCACGGUGGAUCGUCCCAUGUUCUCUCAUGUGAUUCACUGUGGAGGAAUAAUAAACAAGAAGUCUUGUCGGGUUUUACCGAGAAAAGGGGAGACAUGGGCUCUCUUCAAGAACUGGGACAUCAACUGGUCAACUGACCCGGGUGAUUCUCCUCGUGGAUUUGAGUAUGAAUUUGCUGAGAUCUUAUCAGAUUAUUCCAAAGCGGCUGGUGCAUCUGUUGCAUUAUUGUAUAAAGUGAAAGGAUUCUCAAGUGUUUUCUGUCGGAUGGCUAAGGGUGGAUCAGACACAUUUCAGGUUCAUCCUCUUGAAUUAUACCGAUUCUCCCACAGUGUUCCAUCAUUCAGGCUGACAGGUAAAGAACGAGAAGGCGUGCCAGAAGGUUCAUAUGAACUUGACCCGGCUGCUUUACCACAAAACAUCGAAGAGGUAUCUGUUUCUGUCCCUCCGAAUGCAUCAACAGUGCAGGUGGAAUCAAGGCCGAUGUCAACAACCCAGGAUUCUUGGUCUUCGGACAGCAUCAUGAUUCCUAAAACCUGGUUCAAAAACUUCAAUACUGAUAAAUCGAAGGAAAAGUUUCAAGUUGACCAGAUAUGGGCAUUGUACGGAAAAGAGGAUGCCUUACCCAAGAACUAUGCCAAGAUUCAGAAAGUGGAACGAAAUCCGGAAGGCCCAGAACUUAAACUGCAGAUAAGCUGGCUGGAGCUGAAGUCUCUGCCAGAGAAUGUCAUCGAGUGGCAUGACAGAAAUAUGCCCGUCUGCUGCGGAACUUUCGGCUUAAAGAAAGACCGGUUGGACACGAUUACUGACGUGUCUGCUUUCUCGCAUGAGCUGGAAACGGAAUCCUCGUGGGAAAGGACCGAGUUCACCAUCCUCCCCAAGGGCGGCGAAGUUUGGGCGAUGUACAAGAACUGGAGUGACCGAAUCAAAGUCUCGGACUUGAAGAGCUCGGAAUACGACAUUGUAGAAGUACUUGAUGUGAAUGAAAGAGAAUACGGGGUUAUGACGUUGGAGCGCUUACGCAGGUUUGGCACGGUUUUCAAGAGAAGAUCCGAGGCGAGAAAGACAUUUCCGAUAUCCGAGCUGCUGAGAUUCUCCCAUCGAGUCCCGUCCUUUAGGUUAACCAGGCAGAAAAGUGGCACUCUGAGGAACUGCGUCGAGCUCGAUCCGAAGGCUUUGCCCGGAAGCGUCUUCAGUUCAUGACUCUCUGGAUGGUUCUGUUAGGGUUUUGAGAUUAAAAGAUGUGAGCUUCACCGGAAUUAGUGACGUGAAGUCAUCAGUUUAAUUUGCUGAAGCAUUGCCUGUAUAGGUUUUCGUUAGCUUAUGGCUCGUAAAGCCCGUGAAAUUGAAGAGAUUCUGGAAAGGAAUGGACGUUUGCCAAUCCUACUAA